UCUUGUUUUUUUUCCUAACUUUUCUCCCUCAAAAGAAAGGGAACUCGAAGUUCUUCCUACGAUUCAAAAAAAGGGAUUCCUCCUCUUGUUCUGAUGAUGAAAGAUCUGUAGAAUUAUCAUCCAAUCAGUGUGGCCCAUUCGCUUGAUCUACCGAUGGAGGUGGAUUACGAGAGCAAGCCGAGGAGAGAGCUCCAAGCCCUCUGCAAGCAGCAUGGUCUCCCGGCCAACCUCACAAAUGCCCGGAUGGCUGAGAAUCUCGCUUCUCUGCUCCAGAAGGCAAACAGCGAAGAAAUUAAGCCCAAAGGCUGCUUGAAGGGCUCUGGAGGAAGCAGUGCCGAGGAAGGAGGAGGCAGACUGCUACCUAAGAAGGUGAGCUUCUCUCUGCACGAAGUUGGUGUGCGAGCUUUGCCUGAGCGAAGGAGAUCUAGUAGGAGGAAGUCUGUUGUUGGUUUUGCACCAAAAGAAGUUACUGAGGGUGCUUUGGAAGCAAAAAUUGAGCUUGAAGUGAGGAAAACAAGCAAGAGGUAUCACUGCACUUCACCAGAUCGGAAUGGGGAAGAUGAUUUGGCUACAAACUUCCCUUGUCCAGGAGGAAUCCCCUUGGACGAGAAACAUGAUGGCGCUGUGCCAAUUACUAGAAAUUUGCGGAGCAGAGUAAUUACAGUUGAAGGAUCUAAAGCAUUGCAGGCUGAUAUUAAAGUACCUAGAAGAAUAGUAACGAGGAGUAAUAGAAAGAAAGCACAAGUAGAGGUUGUAGCUUCGAUUCCUGAAGUUCAUUCUGAAGAAAUGAAGUCUAGGAGUGAUGACGGUUUGGUAAAUAAAGGUCGUUCUAAGAGACAAAAGUGUGGGAAUGCUACUGUGAAAAUUGAUGAACGACAUGACAACUUUACAAAGUCUCAGAAUCUGUUAAACAGACAGGAAUCAGGAACUUCUGUAGCUCCAGUCGCUGAUGAAACAGUAGCAAUCAAAAAGAUCAGGAAGCUUGGGAGGAACAAGAAAACAAACGAAGCAACUGAUGUUACUGAUCCAAGUAUAGAGCAUACCGUUGUGGUACCUGUGACGAAGAGUUCAGUCGUUCAUGAACCCAACAAGGAGAUCAAGAGGCCGAAUCAUAAUGCCCCAGAGCUCCAGAUAUGCGUGGAGAAAUUAGUCCAUAUUACUGCGAAGGAAAAAAAGUUACACAACUUGCAGAUAGGCCAGGUAAUAAAUGAACCACCAAAUGAAGAUUCUUAUGUCGACUGUACUGUUGGAGAUGGAAGGGAAACUCAUUUAGGCCAAAAGCAUGUUGAAGAAUUACAGAGGAAAUCAAGAUGUACAAGAAGUGGAUUGGUAUUAGAAGCUAAUAAGAAUGAUGGAAGGCUGAGGGCGAAGAAGAGAACAAAAUCUUCAUGUUUGGAUGAUGAUUCUUUUUCACGCGGGAAAGUUGAAGUGACUAGUAGAUCAGACUCUACUGACCUGCUGGACGAGAAAGGUAGUUCAUGCAGACAUGAAGAUGUUUCUGAGCAAACUGUGGAAGUUAUAGACAGUCAUAUAGAUCAAGGACCUUUUCAUCCAUGUUUGUCUCUAUUUGUGACAGAAGAUAUACCCACCAUUAAUGCACACAACAGUUUUUUUGGUGAAGAGCAACCAAUCCAUAAGCAUGAAAAUUCUAGUAAGAAAACAGCAGCUAAUGAACUGAAAGUUGCAGAAGAGAAAAUUUUCUUGACGAAGGAAGUUGAGCCUGUGGGGUUCGAUUUGCUAGACACCAAAAAAAUGGACAGCAAUGUUGGUUUCUCAUGCUCUUCACAAGGAAUUCCUUCUGCUGACUGGUCAGUUAAGAAUGUGACUCUAGAAGGAGGUAGCAGUCACUCUGGUUUAGACAGCACAAAUAAGGUAAAGGAUCGGCAAGGCAGUCAGGGCUUCGUUGGUGAGUCAGCCUUCAAGCGCACAUAUGACAACCAAAUGUUGGUUAGAGGCGAUAAUGAUUUUUUGUCUAACAAUUCAAUUGAUGUUUCUAUCAAAUUGAAAGAUGGGUCUUCAUAUUCUGAAGAAGUGAUGAAAGAAGACAGUACUGUUCUUGAAACUGAGUGUAUGAGCAAUACAAUUUAUUCAAAAGAUCAAAAAGAUGGAGAUGGAUUGAAUAUGUGUUUAAAUAUUCGUGAUGCGCCAUUCAUAUGCCAUCGUGAAGAACAUUCCCAUGUUUCUGCUACUCACACUUGUUCAUUGAAUCAACCCAAAACGAUUACACUCCAAGUUAAUGGUGAUGGUGUUCAAGAAAACACUUCUAACACUUCCAGUUGUGAUAGUGACCUUAAAGAUAAAGCAGUCCUGCCAUUAACUGUUUUUGCUUGUAAUGAUUUAGUUGAUUUCUUCGAUCAGCCAAAGAUUUCCAGAAAUUCUAUUGGAAGUUAUGGAGUUGCUUCUAUGGCAUCAUCAAGUGCUGCAUAUGAAGAAUUCUGUGGACUGAAAGAUGUUAAUGAUACAAAUGUGCCAUGUGAUAGUCUGCAUGCAUAUGAAGUUGUGAAGCAAGAGGGCAUAUUGAAGUAUUCAUCAUCAAACUGUGAAAUUACUGCUAACAGCGUGGAGCAUUCUCAAGGUGAACAAAGACAAUCACAGGAAUCUUCUACUGCUGUUCCUGAUUUUCAGUCUUGUAACAUAGUACAAGAUGAUGAUAGAUGCGUCAACAAAUUUGGUUCUUGCUCUAGAUGUGUAAUAAAUUGUAAUUUUUCAGAACAAGCAAUUGACCAAAGGGUUCUUUCACCUAUAAGACCGGAAAUCAGCAGUGAAAUCCAGAAAACUCCUUUAGAGGUUAAAGUUAUCAAUAUACCAUCUUCAGGUGAUAACUUAUACAAAAAUCAUCACGAUGAUAAUUCAUGUCGUGUUGACUUGAUCAAACCAAGUGAUCAUAGAGAACUUUCAGGAUUCAGAAGUUAUGGAAGAAAUUCUUAUUCUGAAGGUUUUGGAAUGCAAGGUGGAAAAUCAACAUCCUUACCAGAAAAGUCUGGAGGUGCAAUUACAGUUAUUUUUGAACAAAUGAAAGGUCUUCAAUUUGAUGUUGCUAAAGAAGUACCUUCUGAGCUGAAGUUGUUUGUAGAUUAUGAAGCGCAGGCAUUACUGCAAGAUGAACUCAAUCUUGAAGAACAGCAAGUCUUGCGAACAGGAUCUUCUUUGUCUACUGUUGCAUCUCCCAAGAGUGGAAUGGCUAGUGAUGCGCUUCUGUCAGAUGAUGAAAGAAGGCAUGAUGGAACCAAAGGAGUUGACUUGCCAUCUCAUUCUGGAUUCAAAGACAAAAGAAUUGCACCAGCCAUUACAGAGAUCAAUGAUGUUCUUGGCUCAUCAUGUAAGGAUACUUUUGAUCACUCUCCUAUUCAUCUAGCUCAAAGUUCAGGCAAAUUUCAAGGUGAUAUAUGGGCUACUAUAAGUACGUCAAAUAGUGUGAGGAAAAUUGAAGCAGUAUGUAAUGCAGAUUCUCCAUGUGAAGAAGAUAAUCUUGAGGUAAUUAACAUGGAGGAUCAUCAACCACAGAUGGCUGUCUCUCCUUUUUGUGUAGUUUCCUCAAUUGAAGGAAAUGCAUGUUUUCUUAAUGAUGAAUUUAAACAACCAAAACAUGCAAACUCAAGUGAAUCAGCCAAUGCCAUCGAAGAGGAUGCUCCUAAUAAAUUGCCAUUAUCUCUGUCCGUCCCCAAGGAUAUUAAUAUUCUGAAUAAUGAUGACUUAAGCAUUUCAAGAGUUGAAAAGAAGUCUGAGUUUCUGGCACCAUUUUCUGGUGGAUUGAAAGAAGUUAAGGAAGUUGCAGUUAUCCAUGAUGGGGUUGAGAAUAGUGGAUUGAAUGCAUCAUAUGGGUUCUCCAACUGUGAAAGCAAACAUGCUAAAUCAUUGUCUAAUGGUAGUGCCCUGGCUAUUAAAUUUUAUAUGGAAUCAGUUCAUAAUCUAGAUGAGGUGCAAAACAAAUUUCAAGCUUCUUUGGAUGCUGAUAGUAAAAUCACAGGAAUUCCAGUGAAUGAAGAUUUUCCAGGAGGAUUGAAAGGGAGAAAAUCUUAUGGCACUACAGCAUCAUCAGUCGAAUAUGCAUGUUGUACCAAUGUGGAUCUCCCAACGGAUAAUGUGAAGGAUGAUGAAAACAAUCUGAAUGGUCCAUCUAAGAUCUUAAUGGAAGAGGUUGAUUCAAGGAUGAAUGAAGACAAUGAGGAAGUCGAGGUUACCAUGAGGCAGGAAACUGAAAAUUGGCUAGAUACAAGUGUUCAUGAAGAAGAUGCCCAAGAGUGCUUGCCACUCAAAAAUGAAUCAGAUAACCGUUCAUUUGAACUCACAGCAUCAUGCAAAACAAUAUACAGUUUUGAACGACAAUGUAUAGAAGAUCAUGAUGAAGCAGAUAUUGGUCAUUCACCCAAGAAUGAGCACGAAACUGUUAGCAAUAUUGAUAACACCAAGACAAGAGGAAAUUUGACUUCCCCAACUUUAACUACUGUUCAAAGUAAAUUGGAGACCUCAAUGCCUAAUUUAGAUAAUAGGAAUCUCCUCUCGUCUGAUGCUGUUGAUGAAGGUGGAGAACAUUUAUGUACUAGUCCUCCGGUGCCUAAGGCGCCCCUAGUUUCUGUGGAUAAAAAUAGUGAAAUUUUAAAUAUUUGUCAAGUAGAGCCAGAUCUUACGAGGUUUGAAGAAGCUGAAACAGAUAAGGAUAAUGCCGAUGGAUGCAAUGUAUCCCCUAGUACCAAUGAGCAUUAUGAUGGAAAGGUGGAAAAUUCUUCAUCAAAAAGUCCAAAAGAUGGCUCAAGUGUUCAAAGCAGCCUCAAUUAUUCUUAUCAGCAUUCUAAAACUGAAGAAAUUCGCAUUGCAAUUGAUGUGCCAUUGAUGUUCUCAGGAGAUCUAUUUAAUGUGGAAAGAACCCAGUCAAACGAUGCUAAUAAUAAAUCUAACCAGAAAAAAUUCUUUUCGGAUUAUUCAAAGGGUAGAUCAGCAGCAACAAAUAUGGUAGGAGAGAUUGAGAAUACUAAAAAUGAACAGGAGGAACAAACAAUAGAUGGAACUAUGGAUUUUGAAUAUCUGACACGAUUGGAAGCAUCAACCAUCUGCUCUGAUUCCGCUACUGUGGAUGAACUCGAAAAUCAAGUUACCGUUCCAUUUGAUGUGGAAAGCACGCCCAGAAAGGACACCACCAUUGAAAAUGAAGAUAAUGAAUGCAUUGAGAAUACAUCAAAAAAAUAUCUUGCUACUCAGCAUUUGGUUGAAGCAGGAAACAGAAAUGAAAAAGACAUUGAGACCCCUGACAUGGCAAGCUCUCAGAAUGCACAUAGUAGAUGCGUUAUUGAAGAAUCAGAAUCUGCUAUAGGUAUAAAGGACUUGUUUGAAGAUCUUUCAGCAACAACUAUGUCAGUCAGCAGCCCAGGAGGAUCAGCCAUGGGCGAAGUUAUCUCAGAGAGCACAAAUGAUACGCCUAAGAUGACCAUUGGAUCUUUUGAAAUUGCAUUCGAUGCAUGCUCUGCACUCCAUGAAUUGGAACCAAUUGGAGUUUUGGGCACACUCGGAGAUACACUGAUAAUGCCAACUGAAGAAGUCUCUUCAAAUUCAACUAAUCACUUUGAAUGUGAGAUGAAAAACGCUCAAGAAUUUAGUACAGAGAAGAAAAGUAACAUUUGUCUGACUAUCAACAGAUCCAUUGAAAUUGAAGCUCAAACUUCCAACAUUGAAAUUGGUUCGGUAGCCGUAUCUUGUGAAGUCAAACCAGUAAGCUCUUUAGGCACACCAAAAGAUACACCAAUUUUGCCCAAUGAACAGGAAAAUAGGGAUGCUGGAAUUCCCAUCUGUCCUGGAGCAGCAGUCAUGUUCGAUCAAAUCACAAAAUGCAAGAAAGAUGUAGCUCAAGAGAAUACUGCCGAAGACAUAAAUUUAACAUCUAAGACAAUCAUCACAUCUUCUGAUGUAGCACUUGAAAAGCUCAGCACUGCUAGCACAUCUGGAGAAGAGCAGCUGAGCACAACAGAAGCUGAAAUUGUUCGAGUUAACAAUAUAAUUCUGGAAGAGAAAUGUGGAGAUGGUGGUAGUAAGGUUCAGGAACUCCUUGUUGAAACCAUAAAUAUGAAUAAACUGUCUCAGCCAACACAGGGAAUUGCUCCAGCUUAUUCCAGUUCAGAACAUAGCAGUUUCACUAAUGAUGAUCCCACGGAAUCUCCAGAGUUGACAAUAGAAUGGGAGGAGGAAUUCAGCCGCAAGUUAUUAGAUUUCAGGGUUUCCAGCGCCAUUAAAACUAGCGAGCCGGCUGCUAUGCCAGGCAAGGAGAAUGCACCAGCAAUCAGAAAGGAUCUGCCGCAGAUGCACCCAGUGGAUGGAUCAGCAAUUAAAUCAUCGAGAAAGGCAUUAAAGACUAUUAAUAAUAAUUAACGUGUGGAAAUUUCAACGUUCCUGGUUUCGCUCCGUUUUUAUAGUAGUGGAUUUCAACGUGUGGUUGAAGAAAUGGUGUGUGAUAAAUGUAGCUACUCAGAUUGGUUUGCAAGUGUAUUGGUGGGCAUGAUUGUGUUGAUUGGUGAAUUUGUUAUCUAUAAAGUAGGACCAAGAAUUUUAAACUUGAGGCCUUUAAUUAUCAAUAUUUUUCUUGCACAG